AUGCUAUGCAGUACAAUUCAAACCACCGAAGCAUCAGGAGCUUGUUUUGAGAUGUUUCAUAUUAUUGUCGUUAUUUUGUUGAUAGCAUUCACCCAAGGUCAAGAAGUCGAUUUUGAUGACAACACCUGUGGUUUCCAGUUGGCACCUCUGGAAGGUUUGAUUAAAAAUGGUUACAAAUCUCGCCCCGGUGAAUGGCCAUGGCAUGUAGCUCUAUUCCAUCGAACGUUGAGUGGAAAUGAAUUUGAUUACCAAUGUGGCGGAACUUUGGUGCACAAGUACCUUGUACUGACGGCAGCUCAUUGUGUGACGCAGCGCUCGAGUAAGAAACCCUUGGCCCAAGGCGAUAUUCUGGUUAAGGUAGGAAGGUUCGAUAUAUCGGAGCAACAGGAAGAGCAAGGCCGGGAUCACGAGGUGGAGCAGGUUUUGCCACAUCGAGACUACAAACCGUUGUCGUUCGAGAACGAUAUAGCGAUUCUGAAAUUAAAAGUGCCGGUGAUCUUUACACUUCUUGUGCAACCGAUCUGUCUCUGGAAACGAGAUGACGGGAUUAUUCUGCCUAAUGUAUACAGAAUGCCUGGAACCGUUGUAGGAUGGGGACUAACGGAGAAUAAUACGGUCGCUUCAACGCUCAAUCAAGCUCAAAUGCCGGUGGUGUCUAUUCACGAAUGCUUGGAAAGUGAUCGAAACUUUUUCGGGCGUUUGCUGAAUGCGAAAUCCUUUUGCGCGGGGUUCAAGAACGGAACUGGAGCUUGCAAUGGGGACAGCGGAGGAGGAAUGUAUUUCCGGCACCAACGCCAGUGGUAUCUUCGGGGUUUGGUGUCGUUUAGCAACAUUAUUGAUACGAGAAAAAUAUGUAACUUAAAGCAAUACAUUGGAUUUACCGAUGUGGCUCAGUAUUUGGAAUGGAUCUACGAGACUGCACCAAUCAACGCCAAUGACGAUCCGAUAUUGGGACAUCCGAAUAUACGAUUGAUCAAUCAAGGAAAGUGUGGGGAAAAUGAGUACACUUCUGAGUUCCCCGAAGAAAGCAAGGCCAUUAUCCGACAAUAUUUGUGGAUGGCAGCCUUGCGGCAUCCGUUUCAAAACCAUGAACACGUUCCGUGUAACGGAGUGCUGAUCAACAAGAACUACGUAUUGACUACUGACUGCGUUGACUACUUGAUAACACAUUGCAUAUUUUGUUUCAGUGAUGAAAUCUCGGUCACAUUGGGUGAUUACAACACGGGUGAAGUUCAAGAUUGUGCUUCACGAAUCGACAACCAAGGCUACUGUUUGCCUCCUGUACAGACGACAUCCAUUGCUGAAUUCUUCCGGAAAGACCGGCUUAUUCUUGCGAGACUAUCCACCCCAGCCAUCAUCGGUAGGCGUGAUCAUAUCCAGGCUAUUUGCCUUCCCGUUACUCCGGAACAGCGAGAUCGCGUCCAUCCACAGUACGUCCUGACUGGUUGGAAGGAAUCAGGAACAGAUUCCAAGCUGCUACAACGCGCCGUAGUUGAUUUGAUACAACUAAACGAGUGCCGUCAGGAGAUGGCCAAUGUGUCUUAUGCCAGUGCGGAGGAAAAGAACGUAACCAAAUCGAUCAUUUGCGUUCGAAACGUGGCAAAUCCCACGAAAAGUCCUCAGUGUGAGGACUACCAACCGGGAACAGUGCUUCAGACCGUUGAAAAACAAUCCAAUCGAUAUUUCUUGUACGGAGUUCAAAUUGGAAUCUCGUACUGCACACAACCGGAAAGGUUUAUCGCCAUCGCGGAAUAUAUGGAGUGGAUUUUGGACAAUAUUAGACCAUGAAAUAAAAUGCGAAAACGGUGCUCCAUUUACCGUUACACUUCAA